UGGUUCUCAGCUUCGUAGAGGGGCGUGGCUUGUAGGGCGCGCGGUGCGGAGAAAACUAUUUGAAAGAAAAAUGGCGGAAAAACAUUUGGAAGCAGAACAAGGCGGUUGCGGAAGUGACACCGUUGCUGGAAAUCAGAGCGAAUCUCUGAAGACCGAGGUCAACUCGCCGACACCGUCAUCGAAAAGAUGCUCCUCCACAAGCCCCAGCAGCACAGCCCCCACGCACAAAUCUCCCCGCCUCGACCCGCCGUCGCCCACCAUACAGGCGACGGAUGCUGGAGAAGCACAGCCAGAGACAGACAAACAACUAAUGCAGAUAGAAAACACGGAGGCGCCUUCAAGUUCCUCGGUCAGCCCCACUGCACGGAGGAAGUCCUGGAGGAGAGCCACCAUUACCCGACGCUCCUUACCUGCACUGCCCAACCCGUACCAAGUUUUGUGCAGGAGCAUAAGUACAUCCUUGUCUCCGCAAGAGAGGCUCGAGAAAUUGAUGGAAGCUUCUAUGAAGCUGGCAGUUGAACGAACUCAAAAUUCGCUCCAGUCAGUGCCAAACACCUCACUGGAGUGUUUUCAAAAACAAGUUGAGCACAUUCAAAAAGAGUGGGGUUAUCUGGCCAAAAGUCUUCACAUUGAACCACAGGGACAUCAAAUCCCUGCCGGUUCAGCCAGUUCUAGUGAUCUCGCAGUUCAAAAAGCUAUGGAAAAAGUCCAGAAAACCAUCAACAGGCUCCAGGCUGAAAGUGAAUCUUGGGAGGCCCUGUUGAACAAACACCGGAGUAAAGCCGAGGAAUUGCAAAGGAAAAUGGAACAUGGUCAGGAGAGAGGCGUAUCAUUAGACUCUACAUGUGUGGCCCAGUCCUCUCAGUACCUUUUCAUACAGAACAAACCCGAUUACCACGGUCUUCUCUGCAGACAACAGCCCAAGCUUAACACUAUAGCAAUGAUUAUGGACACUCAGUGUAAGAUGGUUAGAGAGCUUCUGUCCAUCAAGGAGCAGUCGCAGUUGCUGGUGAAGGAGACCAGUGGCCGAUUGGCGGCUGGUGCAGGAUUCCAGGAUCUUUCUCCUGACCCAAUCAGAAACCUUAUGGGAGCACCUUUAUCUUCUGCAACAUAAUAAGCACUCUGACAGGAGGCAAACAAAAGCUGUCAUCAACGUACUAUGGCUCUUUAUGAUUUGUGUAUGAGCUUAUAAGUGUGUAGUUUUGCUAUUGGGGUUUGGGAACAACUUUUCUUUUGCUUAGUCUUUGUUUUGGGUUUUUUUUUGUAAUAAAGUUAACUCUUCUUUUCUGUGUCAAAGAAAACCAUUUCAUUCAGCGGCAUGACUGGUUAUAUAGAUCAUUCAGGUACUCCAUGUGUUUGACCAGCAGGUGGCAGUGGUUGGCUUUAUAAAUUUAUUAUGACAAGCUUGGUCGGUGGCUAGUGAUUUUUUUUCUUUUGUUUUUUGUUAAACCUGGCUUAACUGCAUUUACACCCGUCAAACCUGAUAGUAAGGCUAGACUGCCAGCAACAUUAUUAUUGGUCUUUUUAUCUUCAUAAAAUAAAGACUGAUUCUUAUAUUUAUUUCGCGGUUGUGGGACGAAUAAAGGAAUAUCUUAUAACCAUU